UUACUAUUUACUGUGUUGCACUGUUGUGAUAAAAUCCGCGAACAUAGUACUUACUACUUCAGUUUUCAAUACAAAAGUUUACAACAAUUACGGAUAGCAUUUAAUUCCUUUAGUGUUUGUGUUAUUAUUCUAUUCUGUGAUAUUAGUAUAUUACAUAUUUACAUUACAAGGCGUUCAACUGCAUAGUCUUCUAAUUUUAAUUAAAUUAUUUUUAUCGAACAAAACAAUUUUAAAUUAUGGGUUCCAAACGUAAAUCUACUGUAAAAAAAAACAAACGGUUGAAGAAGUUGAAAAAAACCGUGUAUGAAGAACCAGAAGAAUUGAAAAGAGCUCCACAUUCAUUUGUUAUCCACCGAGGACAAAUUGGUAAAAGUCUAUUGCAGUUAGUCAAAGAUUUUCGAAAAGUUAUGGAACCUUUCACUGCUGCUUCAUUACAAGUUUAUAAAAAAAACACAAUUAAAGAUUUUGUGGCCUUGGCAGGUCCAAUGCAUGUUUCCCAUUUGUGCGUAUUCACAAGCUCAGACACUGGGGUUAAUUUUCGUGUAGCAAGAUUACCCCAAGGUCCAACAAUGACAUUUAAACUACAAAACUAUGCUUUAAGCAAAGAUGUUGUGUCGUCUUUACGCAAACAAAUGGUAAAUCCAAAAUUAUUCAGUCAUGCCCCAUUGAUUGUUAUGAAUAAUUUUACUGGCGAAGGACUGCAUAUCAACCUAAUGGCCACUAUGUUUCAAAAUAUGUUCCCUACUAUCAACGUCACAAAAGUAAAUUUGAAUGAUAUUAAAAGAUGUGUUUUAAUGAACUACAACACUGAAACAAAAUUGAUUGAAUUUAGACAUUAUGCUAUUAAAACCGUUCCAGUUGGUUUAUCUAAAGGAGUAAAAAAAAUUGUCCAGAGUAAAGUACCAGAUCUGUCAAACUUUGAUGACAUCGAUGAAUUUUUGUUAAAACCAGAACUAUUGUCUGAUAGUGAGUUUGAAGAAUCUACGAGUUCUAAUGUUGUCGUUCCACAAAAGUUGGUGAGUCGGGGCAACAUAGUAGGAACUCAGUCUUCCAUACGAUUAAGUGAACUUGGUCCAAGACUCACAUUGCAGUUGAUCAAAGUUGAAGAUGGACUUAUGACUGGCGAUGUGAUGUUCCACGAAUUCAUUAAAAAACCAGACGAUAAAAAUGAAGCAAAAGAAGCAAAAGAGGAUUAACUUUAAAAAUCAUAACUUAAAUAUAUUUAUGUUAUGAUAUAUAUAAUGUCAUAAUUUUAUAUAAAUGAAAUAAUUUAUGUAUCAUGUUUUUUUGUUUAUAAUACAAUAAUUAUCAAUUUUUAA